AUGCACAUCCUCGUGGUGUUUUGUCAUCCGAACCGGGAGUCCUUCACCCACGCUGUGACCGGCCAGGUCAUUGAAGGAGCAGAGAGCCAAGGCCACACGGUCAAGGUCGUUGACCUAUAUCGAGAUAGUUUCAAUCCAGUCUUCACUUCACGCGACUGGGAGCAAUUCGAGGGUGUUCCUAUGCCCGAGGAUGUGCUUGAGCACCAACGUUUCGUGGAAGACUCAGAUGCGAUUUUUCUCAUUUUUCCUAUUUGGUGGUAUCAAAUGCCCGCCAUGAUGAAGGGAUGGCUGGACAGGGUUUGGUCCGCAGGCUGGUGCUACAAAUGGGAGCGCGAUCCCGAAGGCAGUCUACUGAGGCGCCGGCCUUGUACAGUCCUUGCUCUCGCUGGCGCUACUUCUCGACAACUCGAUAGAUGGGGGCAUGACAAGCAUAUUCAUCAUCUUUGGCGAUAUGGUAUCUUCGGCUAUUGCGGAUUCGAACCUCUCAGGAUCACUAUACUCGAUGACUGCUCUACCGCGGAGGGUGGAAAGCACGCUGAGCAUCUGCAGGCAGCGUUUCGAGCGGGACAGAAUAUUGGUCGUGACCCCGAAGCCCUUCCUGGAAUCAAACCGUUCCUAGACGAAGGCCUCACCAUCCGGGGAGACAAAUACGUCAGGGAGUGA